GACCAACCACCCACCCUGCCUCCCCCCUGAACCUGUCACUGGGUUUUUGGGAAGAUGGGCUGUCUUGGCAAUAGUAAGACCGAAGACCAGCGAAAUGAGGAAAAGGCACAGAGGGAAGCCAACAAGAAGAUAGAGAAGCAGCUCCAAAAAGACAAACAGAUAUACCGGGCGACUCACCGGCUACUACUACUAGGGGCCGGUGAAUCCGGGAAAAGCACGAUAGUCAAACAGAUGCGAAUACUGCAUGUCAAUGGCUUCAAUGCAGAGGAGAAAAAACAGAAAAUUCAUGAUAUUAAAAACAACAUUAAAGAAGCUAUAGAGACGAUCGUGGCCGCCAUGACUACGCUCACACCGCCAUGCCAGUUAGCCUGUCCUGCAAACAAAAGCCAAAUCAAAUAUGUCAUGCACCAAGCAAACCAGAAGGAUUUUGAGUUUCCUAAAGAGUUUUACGACCAUACAAAGAUGCUCUGGCAGGACGAUGGCGUGCGUGCCUGCUGGGAGAGGUCCAACGAAUAUCAGCUCAUCGACUGUGCACAGUACUUCUUAGACAGGAUCGAUGUUGUCCGGCAGAACGACUACACACCCACUGAUCAGGACCUGCUGAGAUGCCGAGUUCUGACAUCCGGGAUCUUCGAGACGAGAUUUCAAAUAGACAAAGUCAAUUUCCAUAUGUUUGAUGUUGGAGGUCAGAGGGAUGAGCGUAGAAAAUGGAUCCAGUGUUUUAACGAUGUGACAGCCAUCAUCUUUGUGGUGGCGAGUAGCAGCUACAACAUGGUGAUCAGAGAAGACAAUCAGACCAACAGACUACAGGAAGCUCUCAACCUUUUCAAGAACAUCUGGAACAACAGGUGGCUACGGACCAUCUCGGUAAUCCUCUUCCUAAACAAGCAGGACCUGCUCGCCGAGAAGGUUUUGGCAGGGAAAUCUAAGAUUGAAGAGUAUUUCCCGGAGUUUGCACGUUACACUACACCUGAUGAUGCAAUACCAGAGCCAGGUGAGGAUCCUCGCGUCACAAGGGCAAAGUACUUUAUCCGGGACGAGUUUCUGAGGAUCAGCACAGCCAGCGGGGACGGCCGGCAUUACUGUUACCCCCACUUCACUUGCGCCGUCGACACAGAAAACAUCCGCCGCGUCUUCAAUGACUGUCGCGACAUCAUACAGAGGAUGCACCUACGGCAGUACGAGCUGUUGUGAUGGGGAAGCAGCGCCCGUGCGACUUAUUUACCUACCGU